AUGGCUACCAUGGAGAAAGUCUUCGCCGGCUACGAAGCCCGCCAAAAGGUUCUGGAAGCCAGCACAAACCCCUUCGCCAAAGGGGUCGCCUGGGUCGAAGGCAAGCUCGUUCCCGUCAACGAAGCGCGCAUCCCCUUAAUGGACCAGGGUUUCUUGCACAGCGACCUGACAUAUGACGUCCCCUCCGUCUGGGACGGCCGCUUCUUUCGGCUCGAUGACCACCUAGAUCGAUUCGAGCUCAGCUGCUCGAAAAUGAGAUUCAAGAUGCCGCUGCCACGACAGGAAGUCAAGCGUAUCCUCGUUGACAUGGUCGCUAAGAGCGGCAUCAAGGACGCCUUUGUCGAGAUCAUCGUCACUCGAGGGCUUAAGGGCGUCCGCGGCCUUAAAGCCGGCGAGAGCCUAACGAACAACUUGUACAUGUGGAUCCAGCCGUACAUCUGGGUCAUGGAGCCCGAGAUGCAGCGCACCGGUGGCAGUGCCAUCAUCGCGCGGACGGUUAAGCGAACGUCUCCUGGCUCCAUGGACCCGACGGUCAAGAACCUCCAGUGGGGCGACCUCACGCGCGGCAUGUUAGAAGCCCAGGAUCGCGGCGCCGAUUACCCCUUUCUAACAGACGGAGACGGCAACAUCACCGAAGGGUCAGGGUUCAAUAUCGUCUUUAUCAAGGAUGGCGUGUUGUACACUCCCGACCGCGGGGUACUCAAGGGUGUCACGCGCAAGAGCGUUGCCGACGCUGCCAAAGCGAACGGUAUUGAAAUGCGCAUCGAGUUCGUGCCGACGGAGAUGGCUUAUCAAUGCGAUGAGUGCUUCAUGUGUACGACCGCUGGCGGAGUCAUGCCUAUCACCUCCAUGGACGGUCAACCAAUUGGCGAUGGCAAGGUCGGUCCCGUGACGAAGGAGAUCUGGGAUGGUUACUGGGCGAUGCAUUAUGAUGACAAGUACAGCUUCAAGAUUGAUUACGAGGAGAAGUCCGCCAAUGGUACAAACGGUGUGAAUGGAGUGCAUUGA